CUUACCGUUUGUGCGGAACGCAUGUGUACGGAACAGUGUACGGGCAAUCCGUGCACCGUCGGCUCCCAACUCCUAGUUAUCCUUCAGCCUCCUUCACCGUACCCGCCCAACCGCAACGCGCAGCCUACGCUCCGUUGCUGCGGAUCGUAUCCCUCGCUGUACCGACGCCGUGGAUCCCGCAAGCCCUACGCCUCCGACUGCGUACUCGUAUCGCUCUCGAGCGACGCCACAAGCCGCCUCCCCUCCCCCCGUAGCCUGCCCCGAUCCCCGGUUACGUUGCCAUCGCCGUCGUCCAUCUCGGCUACCUUAGCUCUCCGCCGUCGAACCAUUGCCGCGCUGUCCUGUGCUAUUGCUAGCCGACAACUGUGUUUGAGCCAAUUCCUCGUGUCCGUGUCUCAACAUGUCCGACAUCGACGAUGAACUGCUUGCGCUCGCCGGUGGCGAUGUGUCCUCCGACGAAGAGGAGCCCAUGGAUAUGAGCCGCGAUGAGUCGCGCUCCCCUUCACCGGCUCGCGCUUCGUCCAGAGAUAAGGACACACCGGCGCGGGGCGUGGCUGCGAAGAAGACAACUGCGAAGAAAGCGAGGAGGCGGGGGGGCAGGAGUGAUGGCGAGUCCGACGAGGAAGGAGAGGCAUCCUCGCCUCCGGCGUCGCCGAGCUCGCAGAUGUCCGCUCCUAUGGAAGAGUCAGAUUCCGACUCGGACGCCCCUCAGAACCGGGCGCAAGGUGCCGACGAUAUGCUGAACCAGUACCCCGUCGAGGGUCUCUUCAAGAGCCAUGAGGAAAAGGCCCGCAUUAUGAGCAUGCGCGAGAUUGAACGCGAGCAGAUUCUCGCCGAGCGAAGAGAAGAGAACGAGCGUAUCCGCCAAAAUCGAAUGCUCCGCCAGCUCAAGGUCAACCAAGAGAAGGAGAACAAGAAGCGCAAGGCUAGCGGCGCCGGCCUCGAAGAUGCCCAGCGCAAGUCGUCCCGCACCCGGACCAAGGCCGGCGAAAGCAGCGAGAAGAUGGACACUCUGCGCCGCGCCCGCGAAGAGCGCACCAGCCGCAAGGAACAGAGGGAACGCGAAAACGACCGCCGCAAGCAGAGAUCUCCGUCCUAUCGGCGGAGUCGCAGCGUCGACGAACACGACAGCGACGCAGAAUGGCGCAGGGAGUCGAGGCAGAAAUCUAGAACGCCCGAGCCCAGGGAAGCGCCGCCCGCGGAGCUACGGGAUGUCGAGCGCGUCCGCCUCGGUCGAAGUCGCUUUGCUGAGGUCUGCUUCUACCCCGGUUUCGAGAAGGCCAUCACGGGUUGCUUCGUGCGCAUCAACAUCGGCCCCGACCCGACAACACGGCAAGAGGUCUAUCGCAUGGCUAUCAUUAAAGGUUUUACCCAGGGCCGGCCGUAUGCCAUUCCUGAUCACUCGGGACACCACAUGGUUGUAGAUCUCUACGUCAAGGCCGCCCACGGCAAGGCUCAGCGGGAGUGGCCCUUCAUCAGCUGUUCUGACCACAGAUUCACCGAGGCGGAGUGGAACCGCUACAAGCAAGUGUGCCUGUCCGAGGGCGUGCCAGUACCUAGCAAACCCGAGUUAGUCGACAAGAUCGAUGAUAUCAACGGCCUCCUUCAGCGCACCUGGACGGAACAGGAGGUUACCGAGAAGCUCAGGCGCCAGAACGCCCUUCUCGCAAAGUUCAGCGGCGCCGACCGCGACCACCUCACCAGGCAACUCGAGAUGGCCCUCGCGCGGGGCGAUCAGGAAGCCGCUAAACGUCUUCAAGAGAGACUCGACAACCUAGAGACCCCGCGGCUAGCCUUCCGCACAUCGCUCCACCCAGAAAAGAAGAAGCUCGAGAGCCGCGGCCCCACGCAGCAGGAGAAGCUGGCCAUGCUCAACGCCGAAAACCGGCGGCGCAACGCCGAGGCGGUGCGCAAGGCCCAGCUGAUGGAGCGCGCGCGCACCCGCGAGAUCGAGAUGCGCCUGAACCGCGGCGAGCAGGUCGAGGACGACCACUCGCGCCGCGUGCGCACCGGCGUGAAGCUCGUGCACGACGGCAACGCGAGCAGGGAGCCCACAGCCGGGAACGGGGCCGCGACCGCGAGCGCGAGCGCGAACGGCAGCGGCGCGAGCACGCCCGCCACCACCACCACCCCCACCCCGAGCGGGAACGGCACGCCGAGCCAGAAGCCCGUGCUGCCGCACAUCGCCAAGCUGCAGGAGCAGCAGCGCAGACAAGCCAAGCCGGGCGUGCCCGUCAUCCAUAAGCCGCUUACGGAUGACGACAUCAUCGGGGCGCUCGAUCUGGAUAUCGACGUCGAGAUUUGAUGACGGGCGCAAGGGGGGUGAAGGGUCUUUGCUUUGACACGGGGGUGGGAAGGGGGGCGGGAGACGGGGGGAGGUGAGCCCUAGAGGGACGACUCCUGGGAGGCGUUGCUGCUACCCCUGACCAGCACGGGGUGUGCGCAACUUGCCUUUCGCCAUGCCGCCCCUUCUGGCAAUCUAUCAGAUCCUCUUUCUUUUUACGGUGCAAGGAUGGGUCUAGUCUCA